AUGGCCAACGCCGCGGCGACGCAGCCGCUUGUGGACGCACAAUGGCUCUUCUCUGCGCAAGAUUUGGAGCAGACACCGAGCGUGACAGGUGUAUAUGACAAGGCGCAUCAAUCCGCAUCACCGCCGCGCACCGCACAAGCGCUCACACCCACACAAGAGCGUGUUCUUCGCGGCAAAGGCGUGCACCUCAUGUUUAAGAUGUCCGAGUUUCUGCAGCUCGGGCAACAUGUCGUGGCGGCCGCAGUGACGUAUUUUCAUCGCUUUUUUAUGCGGCGCCCUUUGCAAGUGAGCAAAUCGGCCAGCGGCUGGUCGCACUAUGAAAUUGCAGCCGCGUGUGUAUUUUUGGCCUGCAAAGCAGAAGAGUCGCUGCGCAAGAUGCCGGCUGUGGUAGAUGCGGCGAUGUCAUCGCUGGAUAAGUCAUCCGAAGGGCAGAUGCGUUGGGCCGACCGCUCUUUUCGCGCGAACCAGUCCUCGCACGAGUUUUUGAAAUGGCGCGACUGCAUCCUGCUGCACGAAGAAGCACUGCUCACGACGCUGUGUUUUGAUCUUGUUGUGCCGCAGCCACAUGAAGUGCUUGUGCAUGCAGCGCGGAUGCUUGAGGUCGAGAAACCGCUUGCACAGCUCGCGUGGAGUAUUCUUAAUGACAGUAUGCGCGACCCCACCUUUGUGCUGUUUGACGCGCCUGUCCUGGCCGCCGGCGCGUUCCAAAAAGCGUGUACGGUACGCAAUAUAGAUCCUGCGAUGUACUAUGGGGCACGGCCCAGAGAUGCCCCGCCGGCAGCGCCAGAAGAGGCGUAUUACGAUUGGCUCGAUGUGUUUGACGUAGACGAAGAGGAGGCGCAAGCGGCGAUGGAUGCGUUAGACAAGGACGUGUACGGUUUUCAUAUGCCGCUGCAACAUCAACGCACACACGCAAAAGGGGAGAAACGGCAGGAAAAUGCGCCUGCGCGCGAGCGACCAUCUCCUUGCGAAGAAGGCAAGGCUUCUCGCUAG